GGUCAGCCAAUCAGAGUGCUCCAUGAUGUACACAAACACAGCAGCGUGGAAGAGACCAUUAAAUAGGAUCCUCACAGAGGAGUCUACUGUGUCUGCAUUAAGCCCCCUGAGGAACAAGACCUUAUCUCCAGACCUCCUAUCAGGAAGACCUCACAGACCAGGAGAACAUCAUGAAUCGGUCCCUGGAGAGAAGGCUCUCCAUCGCUCCUCAGACCGAGGAGAACACCAUGACCCUCGAGAGGAGGCUCUCCACUGCUCCUCUCUGUAGGAACCUGUUCGGAGCGGUGGACCACGAGCAGACCGGGGAGAACCUCAUGACCCUGGAGAAGAGGACCGCCACCGCUCCUCUCUGUAGGAACCUGUUUGGAGCGGUGGACCACGAGCAGCUGAGCCGGGACCUGAACCGGCAGCUGGAGGAGAUGGCCGAGCGGGACCAGCGGCGGUGGAACUUCAGCUUCGACACAGAAGAGCCUCUAGACGGAGAGUACCGCUGGGAGACGGUGCCCUGGGACCGGACCGCCUCGUUCUACCGGGGGUCUGAAGCGGGAGAGGAUGAAGUCACGGAGGAGAUCCACGUCCGACCAAAUCGUCUCGACGAUGAAGAGAGCAAAGCGAGUCUCGCCGAGACGAACCGGGAGAACAUCUCCAGCGUCUCCAACACGCUGAGGUUCCCGAGUGAAGGAACCCCCGUCCGACGGAAGAGGACGAAAGCGUCCCCGGACAACGCCCGCAUCACAGAUUUCUUUGUGAAGAGGAGGAGAUCUUCAGACUCCAGGCCCCUGAAGAGUCCUCUAAGUUUCCCCAGCGAAGCUCUUUGGAAAGGACUGCGCUGAUCGGAGGCUCUGCUGCUAAAGACUUUCUCCAGUAGUAUGGUUCCUCCGCGCACGGACACCGAUGCUACAAACUAAUUUGGACAUUUUAUUUUGUUUACUUCAUUCCGACUAAUAUCUAUGAUUUAUUUAAUUUAGCUUUAUGACUUCAAUUCUACCCAUCAAUGUUUUAUUUAUUAAUUUAUUUAUGUUAUUCUAUUAUUUAAACUGUUUAAUUCAUGUUUAUUAUUCUCAUCUCUUCUGACAAGGUUUUUUAAUUUGUUUUUUCACAAUGUCUGGAAAAAUUAAACCUAUCUAAAUGUCAACAUAAUUACUGGAC